AUGGAACAGUGUAUGAUGAUGAGUUUGUCAGCCGAAAAUCCUUUCCCGGCUCAACAGUGGAUUGGCUUCGAUAAUUCCACCAACUACCCUGGGUUACCCACCCAAGAUGCAAAAGUAAAAUUGCAUCUACCCUCCUCUGAGGCUCCGACAAAAACGAAAUCAAAAACUGUUAAUGGUCCAACAGAAGAGGCAAAUCGUUCCAACGAGAGUCUUAAUACUUGCCUAAUAGAACCACCGGAAAGUUUUAAGAAUGACGCUCAACCCAAAGGCGAAGACUUAGAAUCCACACCUCCACAAAUGCCUCCACUUAAGCUGCAAGUCGCCUGUGAAAAACUUAUGGGUGACGGUCGACCUGCGGGAAUUUCAUCCUGCUGGAAUGAGGUCUCCACCUGGAAUACUCACGCUACUGGCAUUACCUGA